UUCGCGGUGGAUGGGUGGAUGGUGGUCUGUUUUGUUUUGUUUUACCCAUAGCCGACCGAAAUCGAAUAGUUAUUUGUUCGGUAAAAAAACUUGUAAAAAUGAUCUUACAAUAUUUAUUGAAGUUUCAUUUAGAAGACUGUUUCAAUAUACUUUCAGAAAGAGACAGUCUAGGUUACUACUGCAUAAACAUUGAUUUUUUGAAAUUGUUUGAAACUUACCCUGAUGUUGGUGAUAAAGUUUUGUGUAGUCCUAUUGAUAGUUUACCAAAUUGCAAUGAAGCUAUAAUUAAAGCUCAACAAAAUAUCUUAGAACAGGAAGAGUAUCAGAGUGCAUUAUGCGAAAUGGAUUAUAAAUACCUAAAAAGAAAUGUACAUGCUCGAUUCUUUGGUCUACCAGUGUGUCCUGAACUUCAUAGAACUUUAUUUCCCAAAAAUAUAGACUUAGGAUGCUUCCUUAAAGUAACAGGUACAGUAGUAAGAGUAACACAGUCUAAAAUGCUAGAAUAUCAGAGGAAGUAUGUUUGCAUGAAGUGUAGAUUUGAGAAUGAGAUCAAAGCAGACUUUGAACAUAGGUACAUAUUGAGAGCUCCGUCUAAAUGUGGCAAUACUGAGGUGAGAUGCAAAAGCACAACCUUCAAUCAAGUGCAAAUGGUUUCAAGGGAAUAUUGUAAGGAUUACCAGGAGAUAAAAAUACAGGAACAAGUAAACAAAUUGAGCAUCGGUACUAUACCUGGGUCAAUGUGGGUAGUUCUUGAAAAUGACCUUGUAGAUUGCUGUAAACCUGGAGAUGAUGUAAACAUUUGCGGCACAGUUCGCCGUCGUUGGCGCCCUACAGCACAGAACAAGAAGGCGGAAGUGGAACUAGUUUUACAAGCAAACUUUGUAGAAGUGUGCAACUCUCAGAAAUCGGACGUCGUUACCGCUGCCCCCGAUGUGAAGGAAUGUUUCAACGAAUUCUGGGCUCAGUUUCAUGCCUGCCCUUUGAAGGGAAGAGACCAGAUUUUAUGCUCAGUUUGUCCACAAGUGUAUGGAUUGCAUUUGGUGAAGUUAGCAGUACUUCUGACUGUUAUAACUGGAUCAAACCACAUCGUUGAGAGCGAGGUGGAGAAGAAAUAUAGUGACGACAAACAUACAACGAGAGUCAGGGGGCAGUGUCAUUUGUUGUUAGUUGGAGAUCCUGGCACGGGUAAAUCUCAACUACUUCGUGCGGGCGCGGAGUUGACGUCUCGCUCGGUGUUCACUUCAGGCGCUGGUAGCACGAGGGCAGGGCUGACUUGUGCGGCGCUCAGGGAAGAUGGUGAAUGGCAGUUAGAAGCCGGUGCGUUAGUUCUAUCCGAUGGCGGCGUUUGUUGUAUCGACGAGAUCUCUCAGCUGCGGGAACACGACCGCACUGCCAUACACGAGGCCAUGGAGCAACAGACUAUAUCCAUUGCUAAGGCUGGCAUAGUAUGCAAAUUGAACACUCGCUGUGCCAUCAUAGCUGCUUGCAAUCCUAAAGGCCGCUACGAGAUUGACCAGCCGCUCAGUGUGAACGUGUCGCUUGGAACUCCACUGCUAAGUAGAUUUGAUUUAAUUUUUAUAUUGCUGGACUCCAAAAACAAAACUUGGGAUAAACUUGUGUCGUCUUACAUUUUAUUUGGAGGCGCAAAUGCAGGAGACUCGAAGAAACGGUGGAGUCUAGAAAAAUUGCAGAUGUACAUUAGUUUGGUCGGGCCAAGAUCUGUGGAGAUGACCAAAUCAGCAAACAUCAUACUUCAAUCGUAUUACAUGAUGCAACGGAAGUCUGAAUACAGGGAUCCUUCUAGAACAACUGUGAGAAUGUUGGACAGUCUUGUGAGGCUAUCACACGCCCAUUGUCGACUGAUGUAUCGGACCACUAUACUACCAAUGGACGCCAUUAUGGCAGUGUCUCUUGUUGAUCUGUCAAUGCAAGAUUGCACCUUAGAUGACACAGUUGAUGCCCUGCAUUCAACAUUUGAAAAGUACCCGGAUAUGGAAUAUCUAUCUAGAGCCAAGAAUCUCCUAACCAAAUUAAACUUGUACGAAAUAUGGAAAGAUGAAUUAUUGUACUACGCCAAGUUAUUACAAGUAGAUCACAAAACUCUAGAAACUUGUGUCGAUACAGGAAAUAAUAAGUUAUUUGCGAAAUAUGAUGACGUAGCAGAUGAGAACAUUCCACUUUCUUCAUCAAUAGUUACUAGUUCAUAUUUUAAGGUGAAUAAAAGAAUAGAGGAAAAUAGUGAUAUAUUUGUAGAGAAAGAGAAUGAAGACUCAAGAAACCGUUUUAAAGAUAAACAAGUGAAUGAAAGACUUGCUGUAACAUUGAAAAAACAUGCAGCGAUGAACAAAAGCGAAAAGAAACCGCCGAUUGUGCAAAAGAAAACACGCAAACGAAAAGAAGUAACAGUAAAUGUUAAUUCAAUAAAAAAUAAAAACUCUAAAAAAGCUAAAAGAAAAGUCAAUGCUGAAGCAGAUGUUAUGGAAAGUGAUGAUGACUUUGAUGAUACAAAUGCUAUUUUAAAUGCUGUUCCCAGUGUUAAUGAUGUUUUCAAGAAUUUGGGAAUAGAUUUUAAUAUUGACAAUGAUGAGGAUGAUACACAAAAUCAUGAUUAUGAAGAAAAAUCAAGUGAAGAUAUACAUUACAACAAACCCAAAGAGAUGGAUAGAGAAAUCAAUUCAAAUGAAUCCAUCAAUAUAAAACUACAAUCGAAAGAGGUAUUAAAUAAAAAACAAAUCAGAAAUACAUCAAGUACAAUAAGUAAACUAAAACAAUUUGAGUUUGUAGAAAAAGAUUUGAGUAUAUAUGAAGAAAAAGCGGAAGUCUCUAGUAAUAAAGUUGUAGUUAAACUAGAAAAAAGUGAAGAAAGUACUUCAAGUGAUUCCACAAAACAAAAGCCAUCAGUAUCAAGUUCUCAAAUAUCCAUGUUUGAAAGUUCUGACUGUGAUAUAGAUAUUGAUCUUUAAUAUAUUUAUUGUGAUUAUUAAUCAUGGAGUUAAUAAAACUAUGUUAUUUA